CGUUUUUGCCGCAUCCCGCCUUAGGUGAAUCUGCAAUAUGGCUGUGCGCUKGAGCACCUUUGCACUUGUUUGCCUUGCUGCAUUAGUUUCCAUCGAUGCUUAUCCUAGAGGCUUCGUCAAGCUUGAGAAAGAGCACAAUAUUCUAGCCUGGCUAGAGGAAGGAUGGGUGAUGGACGARCGCGUCGGUCCUCAUGUACCUUUGAAACUCACUUUCGCCCUAAAACAGCGCAACCUUGACAAGCUGGAGAGUCUUUUCAUGCRAGUUUCCGAUCCCGAUUCAGACRAAUACGGAAAAUACCUCAAACUUCAUGAAGUAGCAAGUCUUAUCACACCAUCUGAGGAAACACAAAAGACUGUGAAGUCAUGGCUGCGAGGACACCAUGGAGUGGAUAUGAAGAAAUGCUCAACAGUGAAAACUGAAGAUUUUGUAACCUGUGAAAUGUCUUGUGAAGCAGYUGAGUCGCUGUUGCCAGGAGCAAAGUUUCAUUAUUUUCAUCAUGAGAAACUUGAUAAACCAACCAUUCGAUCUGUACAACAUUAUUCUGUCCCCAGAGAGAUUGCCCCACAUAUUGACUUUGUAGGAGGACUCCUUAGGUUCCCAGCUGUAAAUUGGGCAAGACCUAAAGUAGAUAAACAUGCUUCAGAUUCUGUUACAGAUCAUGGAAUCCAUGUUGGUGUCUAUCCGUCAGUUCUUAGGAAGCGCUACAACAUUUCUGAUACUGUUGGCUCUCAUCCCAAUAACAGCCAGGUUGUGGCCCAAUUUCUUAAACAGUACUACAGCCCCAGYGACUUGAAAGAAUUCUUCAAAAUUUUUGGGUCUACUUUUGUUCACCUGGAUACUAUUGCCAAGGAGAUUGGACCAGACAGUGGCCGAUCUGGCAUUGAAGCRAGUCUAGACACCCAGUACAUUAUGAGUACAGGCGCCAAUAUUACAACUUGGUUCUGGAGCACUGGUGGUCUACAUGAGAAACAGGAACCCUUUUUGGAAUGGAUGGUUGCUAUUAGCAACAUGUCGCAAGUGCCAUGGGUGCAUAGUAUAAGUUAUGGUGAUAACGAAGACUCGCUCUCCACUGAUUAYAUGAAAAGAAUCAAUGCUGAAUUUCAAAAAGCUGGGGUGAGAGGUUUGUCUAUGUUGUUUGCAAGUGGAGAUGAUGGUGCAAAUUGYAUUGACAACAAGAGAUUCAGACCAUCAUUCCCUGCUUCAUCACCAUUUGUUACAACAGUUGGUGGCACAGCAUUUGUMAAUCCAUUCACAGAGGGUGCUGAGUACGCAUAUGGYAUAAGUGGAGGWGGCUUUAGUAAUGUCUUCCAACAGCAGUCAUACCAAACUGCAGUUGUWGAGAACUACCUGAAGACAGGUCCUGACAUGCCUGCAAGCUCCUACUUUAACAAAUCUGGCCGAGCCUAUCCUGAUAUCUCAUCWGUCUGUAAUCAUUUCUGGGUUGUCAAUAAUCUUGUACCAGUACCUGGCGUCUUGGGCACUUCAGCAUCAACUCCAUCUGUUGCUGGYAUCAUAUCUCUUCUCAAUGAUUUAAGAUUCCAUAAUGGCAAACCUUCCAUGGGAUUCUUGAAUCCCUUCCUGUACAAGAACCAGGAAGCCCUUUAUGAUGUGACAUCUGGUCAUAAUGAAGGCUGUGAUCCUGGUGACAGAGGGUUUACAGCAUCAGUAGGUUGGGAUCCAGUUACAGGGAACGGAACACCUAACUACCCCUUACUGGCAAAGGCAGCACUGGCAUAAACCAAUUAACAAUUUUAAAAAAUAUGCAUGAAUUUAUCUAAAUUAAUGUACAUGAUCAUUUSCAAGAUUGAAAUGUCACAGUAAUAUAUUUUAAUAAAUUGGUCUCAUUUUGUGUA